GAGGUCAAAGUGAACUGGGCCACCACCCCCAGCAGCCAGAAGAAAGAUACCAGCAGUAGUACCGUUGUCAACACACUGCGUUCACAAGGUAAUUGUAUCUUCUUAAACAUAAAAUGAAAUCUCUCAGGGGUAGUCACUAACCGCCUGAAGCUAUUUGGGGGGGUUGUCCUAUUGCCACCAGAUUUCUCCCUCCUCUCUCACUCAAAUGGAUCAGGAUGUGGACUUGUUGCUGACUCUUAAGCCCCUUGAACCCCCAUUGAGCUUCUUUUUGCUGUAGGAGGUCUUCCCCUCUUUGUGAGGGCAAGGCUACUAGCUUCCUUCAAGGCUGCUGUCUUAAUAAGGCACCAUAGAAGUUCAUUGUGGGUGUCAGUUGUUCUUGCAACUGACCCCUUUGCCCCUUCUGCUCUGGGCAGCCCCGUGUGUGGCUCCUUCACUUGUUUGGCCUUAGAGCUUUCAAAACUUUGGGGGGAGGAUUUAACCAGACUCUUCCCAAGGUGUUGUUGUAAAGUGUCCUGUGUGCGUUGAAGCCGUUAAAGAAAUUGUGAUAAUUAAAAUUGAGCUUUAUGUGGCUAUGAAGAAAGCCUUAGAUAUGACAUCUUUGUUAUCAGCAUCUUAUGUAAAUGGCUCUAACAUAAAUGAUGAAGGGAUUACUCUUUCCGUUCUGUUGCCUCCAGUCUUAGUUCACUUGCUCAUGGAUUUCACAUACUUUGAAUUCACAUGGAUUCACAUGGUGUAAAGGCUGGGCAACCAAAAUCCUUUUGGCUUUUCAGAAAACUGUCAAAUGCUUUAACAUCAAACUGUUGCAAUGCAAGGUAUCUUUUUGACUGUUCUUCACAAAAUAUGACUUAAGAUUGAGCUGUUUGUAACUUAAGUUAUCCAUACUGGUUUGUGUAAGCCUAACUCUGUUUUGUUCAUGGAACCAGUAGACAUGUAGCUCAGUUUGUUAAAUGUAUGUAUAGUAUAUUAAAAUACUAGCAUUUAAAAAUAAACUGUAAUGUAAUUUUUUUGGCUUUGAAUUAAAUGAAUAUAGUUCUCACUGAAAUAAUUACUAUUAUGAAUCUUGACAAAUAAUUUAAUAACAAAGUAAAUGCUAGUUACCUGUAACUAAUUGUAUUUUGGUACUGUUGUAUCUGAUGAAGGUUAUAUAUUAAGCCAUUAUAUAUUUUGGUGUUUGAUAGGUAAAAGAAAUCUAGUUCUCGAGUAGUUUCCAGAUGUAUGGGAAGUGUUUAAAAAGAAAGUACCCUGAAUUUCCAUGUGUACUCUGCAAACUUCUAUAUUUUUUUCUUUUUCUCGAUAAGACCACUUCCAUGUCUUUGUUGGAGACCUCAGCCCAGAAAUUACAACUGAAGAUAUAAAAGCAGCUUUUGCGCCAUUCGGAAGAAUAUCCUGCCCAAGUCCAAAAAGGGGGUAACGAAUUGACCUGAGAAAAUUAAAGAAUUCAGUUAACAGGCGACGGACGCUCGGGUUGUUAAGGACAUGGCAACGGGAAAAUCUAAAGGAUAUGGCUUUGUUUCGUUCUUCAAUAAAUGGGAUGCUGAAAAUGCGAUACAGCAGAUGGGAGGACAGUGGCUUGGUGGGAGACAAAUCAGGACAAACUGGGCGACCCGCAAACCUCCGGCUCCAAAGAGUACAUAUGAGACAAAUGCCAAACAACUCUCCUAUGACGAUGUCGUGAAUCAGUCCAGCCCAAGCAACUGCACCGUAUACUGCGGAGGCGUUACUUCAGGACUAACAGAACAGCUUAUGCGCCAGACGUUUUCUCCAUUUGGGCAAAUAAUGGAAAUCCGGGUCUUCCCAGAUAAAGGGUACUCCUUUGUGCGGUUCAAUUCUCAUGAAAGUGCCGCCCACGCAAUUGUUUCGGUUAAUGGCACAACUAUAGAAGGACACGUGGUGAAAUGUUACUGGGGCAAAGAGACGCCAGAUAUGAUCAAUCCAAUCCAACAGCAGAAUCAAGUGGGAUAUCCACCUCCUUACGGUCAGUGGGGCCAGUGGUAUGGAAACACGCAGCAGAUCGGCCAGUACAUGCCUAACGGCUGGCAAGUCCCAGCAUAUGGAAUGUAUGGACAGACAUGGAAUCAGGGAUUUAACCAGACGCAGUCUUCUCCCGCCUGGAUGGGGGCCAAUUACGGGGUGCCGCCCCCCCCUCCGCCGCCCCCUCCCCCUCCCCAAGGGCAGAACGGAAGUGUUUUGACGAGUCAAACUGGAUACCGGAUGGCCGGCUUUGAGACGCAGUGAGGGGAGAGGAGGAAGCGAAGGACUCUGGAACAGAACAACGGCGGCUUGGAGGCUAUAGAUGGAGCAGUGUAAAUCCUUUGUUUACUUCAAAACAAUCUAUCCAAUCAAGUCAGUGCAAAAGUCAAAACAGUAUUUAUUUUUAAUCAUGAAACUUUGUUGUCCACAUUUUUUUUAACACACAAGGAAAAAAAAAUACUAGAUGCUGGAUAUCUGCCAACUUUUGCCUUCUUUUCCUCUUUUCGAGAUGUGUUUCGUAAAGAUCUUUGUUUGAAACACAACUAAUGCAGGGAUUUCUGCCACUUUUUAGACUGGGGCAGGAAAUUGCACAAUAUCAAAACUUGUUUAGUUUUUUUUUUCUUCCACUGAAGUAGUGUGCAGUUCUAGUUUGCAUUCCUAGUAUGACUUUAAACAAAAUGUAUAUGAAAGAAGUUGUACAAAUGAAAACAAAAACAAAAAAUAACACGCCAAAACUGUGUGAACCCUGAAGGUUUGUUGUCGCAAUCUUCAGCUUGUGCACAAUUCUGUUUUAAAGAGAGCCUGUUGUAUAAAGUGUCCAUCUCCUCUCGCUUUUGUUAUACUGGGGUUUCGAAUAUAACUUAUUGGUUUACAUUAUUUUGUAUCUAGACAUUUUUCAACCAAGUGGAUUUUUGCCUUACUGUCAGCUGUUUAAAUUAUUAAAAAUAGGAGAGCGGCAGAAGGGGGAAGUUGUCAUUGACACACAGGAAGUUGUACAGAGCUCUCUGGGUUUGGAUCCAACCCUUUUUUGUCUCGUUGCUUUUGUUCAAUGUGGGAAGGUGCCUGGGAUAAAAAUCCCUGUUGAGUUUACUUCGCUGGUGAACUUCAGCCCGGUUUCAGACGUCGUUAUGAUUAAAAUGUAACACAUUCUUACAAAACCAGCUUUUUAAAUACCUGUCCGUUUUUACAUUGACAUGUACUCCUUUUAUCAUGUAAACUUUCAGCAGAUUUUAAUAUUUUUUCACAGGAGUCGCUCUGCUUUGUAUGCCUCCUCCUUUUGAAAGAGGCAGGAAAAAGAUCUAUGUGACCUUAAAGAGUAAGAAAAAAAGGUCUUAGAAGAGUACAAUGAUUUCGGCUUUGGCUUUUGCAUGUGAAUCUCAAAUACAUUGUUAGACUUUGAAUAACCAAACAUGCCACGCUCUUGUUUCUUUGCCCCGCCAGAGAUAUAUAGCGAGAAUAACUUUGGUCUUAACUGUUAGUGGACCUUUUGACUUGAGUUGAGGUAAGCUUGACUUGAUUUAGCAUGUAGAGCUAUAUGGCUUUAUGUAGCAGUGAGUGGAUCAGGCCUGAAAGUAUGGAGGAUGCUUCGCUUAUGCCGAGCAAAGUGUUUUGAGUUGUUCAGAGGCCAAAAACCCGUUCUAUCCUACCUCCUAGAGUAGCCUUCAGAGAGUGCAAAAAAGGAUGAAAACACAAACAAGAGGGAGAAAAAUAAAGAGAACUACCCCUUAAGUGUAGCAUUUCUUCAUCCCAAGUGGAGGAGUUGACUUCUUUGUUCUACUUUGGUUGUAGCGGAGCAAUGUAUUGAGGGAUCAUUGAGUUUUAGUUGUUCAGAAGCCCAAUGAUAUUAUAUUUUAUGGAAAGAGGUGAUCCUAUGAUAUAUGAGGAGGGUGGGCCUGGAAAUGUGACGAUCUUCUUCCCUUUUAUGACUCAAUGGGGCUAAUAGGGACGCUGAGUUUUGCCAAGGGAGAAGACAAGUGAAUCUUGAAAGGGGAGGAAUAGUAUUGCCCCGACUGUAUUAGCAGCCGCCAUCCCAAAAUGGAUAGAGCCAGGCGGCUUCCGAUUUCUAGUAAGCAGCCCAGUGCAGUUGUGUUAAUACUGCGGCUGCUGAGAAAAGCCAGUUCUCGACCUGACUCCAAAAUAGUAAAAUAAAAGCAUAGUUCAAAGCCACUUUUAAUCUCCACAGAUUGCUCUCAUUUAUGUCUCCUUGCUGCCUUUUCCAAUCUGCGUAAACAUAUCUUCUGACUGGCACCUCGACCUCUGCAAUUUCUUUCAAAAGAGGUUUGAGGUGAAUUUGGUGCUGCAUUGAAACAGAGGAGCCCAUGACUGUCAAUGUUGCCCAGUUUAAAACCAGAACGUUUCUUGUGUCUUGUCCGUGCCGAUUGCUGUCCUUAGACUUCUCUUUUCUUUCUCUGUGUAUUUGGACACCGGUUUACGAAAAUUAAAGCUUUAACACCUUUUUGAAAGCAAUGCGUUAUUUGAAGGGGGUUAAGAGGAAAGGGACUAAGUAAGGGCUCCUCGGUAUUUUUGAAAGUUGGAUGUUUUUAAAGCUCUCAGACGUCCAAAUAGGAUGAGAAAAUGAUGUCAGCCUGGCAUUUUCAAAGGGAUUUUCUCCUCCUUUGCUGUCUUAAAGUGGCACUAAAGAAAACUGGACUGACAAAUCUAUUUCAGUUGGUUUCAUCAGCCCUUAUCUCUGUUCUUUCCUUAGUUUCAGCACCUGCCAGGCUUGACAGUUUUAAGGGAAGAAAUCCAUAAAGGAAAUGAAAUCCUAUUGACAGGAUUUAACAAAGGAGGACGAUGAGGUGUUUUCUGUUCAAAGUUUUUUUUUUGUUUCGAAAAACGCAACCCAUUUUGGUCUCGUUUCAUUGAGACGGAUGUAUUUCGAUAAAGCGUUUCGAAGUUUAAGGACUUCCCUCCAGAAGCCAUUAAGAUGUUAAUAAAAGACGUGAGUUUGCUGA